GUUACAAUCACAUUAGCAUCCUACGACUACGACCAUGCAUGUCCUCUCACUCUCAGCCCUCUUCGUUCAGGUUUACAAAGGUGCCCGCUGCAUUUGGAAAGUUAUACCGCGUGAUCGUCCAUGCCGGAUCUCCUCGCAUUAAUUGCGUCGCGAGCAAUCCAGCCUCCGAUCCGAGCUCAGCUCAGACGAUCACCUCCGGGCAAUCAGCUGCUGGACGCCUAGCUGCCUAGGCAAUCAUCAUUACAGAAAACCCGUUGAAAGACCGUGAGAGCGAACUGCCUAGGCAAUCGGUAAUCGCCGGAACAUGCAUGGAAGCCUACGAGGCCUAGCCCCUCUAGCCCCUAGCCAUGUCUCGCCCCACCACCGUGUUGCGUUUGAUCCGCCGGCCGCCGCGGCACGCAGCGCCUCCUAUAUACACGCCGCCUCGCCUCUCCUCUUGCCUGCAUCGCCAGACUCGCGAACUACUCCUAGCUAGCAUCCGAUCACUAGCACGGCGAGGGAACAGGGACCGUGCGGAGGAAGAUCCCAAUGGGCCGCCGCAAGGUUUCCAUGGGGAUCAUCCCGAACCGGCGCCUGCGAAUCUCCACGUUCGGCAAGCGGAAGGAGGGGCUCAAGAAGAAGGCGAACGAACUCGCCGUGCUCUGCGGCGUCGAGGUCGCGCUCGUCGCGGCCCCGGCGGACGGCGAUGGCGGCGCGGCGGACGUGUGGGAGUCCAAGGAGGGCGUGCUGGCCCGGUACCGGGAGCUCGACCCGGAGGUGCGCGCGCGGCACACGUUCCGGGAGUACCUCUACGCCGAGCUGAGCAAGGAGGAGGCCAAGCUCGCCCGCGUGACCCAGGCCGGGCCCGACGGCCUCGACUGCUGGGACAAGGCGCUGGACGGCGUCGACACCGUGGAGGAGGCGCAGAAGCUGCUCGAGACCAUCGACGCCGCCAUACGGGACGCGGACGACAGGAGGAGGGCGCUGGGCUUGCCGGUCGACGACGACGACGACGAGGACGGCGGCGCUGGGAUCGUGCUCGAGGGGAUCGCCCCGCUCAGCUCUGCAGCCGUCGAGGACGGCUACCUGCUGGACGCGUUCGGCGGCAACGGCGACGCCAACGACCGGGCCAUGGCCACGUGGGGCAAUAACGGCUUCCAGGAGCCGUGCAGCGCCGCCAACAUGCAGUACGGCUUCCAGCAAUUCAGCAGCAGCAGCAACGGGGCCACGGUGGGCUACGACUACGACCUGCAGAUGGUGCUGGACAUGUACAACAACGGCGGCCCCGCCACGGGCGCCUACUACUACCAGACGCGCGAUGCGGGCACAAUGCAGGACGGCUACGGCUUCCCGUGCGCAAGCACCAGUGCCAGGUACUUCGGCAUGCCUUCUGCCUACCAGAUGCAGCCGGUGGUCGGCAGUGGCGCUGCCGAGCCCAUUCUGGGCAUGUCGAGCGCCGGCGAGCCAUGCCACGCCAUGGUACCCGUGCCAGUGGAGUACCCCUCAGCCCACACUAGCCUCAACUACGUGGACACGCAGGCGACACACGGUGUCCACGGCAGUGGUGGCACGUCCUUCGCUAUGGAAACUAGAGGUAGCUUCAUCAACGCACCACCAGCCUUCUCUGUCGCCACGAGCACCGGUGGUGGCGGCGGCAACUUCGUAAGCGCGCCACCAGCAGCACCCUCCCAAACAAUGGGCGGCACCGUCGACGACUACACGCGAGCCCAACCCCUCCCUAUGAGCCGCGGCACCGUCGACGACUUCACGCGAGCCCAGCCCCUCCGCAUGAGCUACGGGGACGAUAUGACAAUUGCCGGCACGUACGCGAUGCAGUCCGGCAUCGAGGAAGUGCAUUACCUCAGUGACCUAGCGGACAGUCAGCUGAACCUAUGGGGAAACUAACCUUUCAUCUGCUGAUCUGCUCGAGUAAGUACGUACUAGUGUAGUGUCUACUGUCUAGCGUCGUAGUAGGGUCAGAUGCGCCACAUCAGGAGUCCUGCAAUUUUGGGUGACACAAGUUUGGCCGCCAGGUUCUGCUGAUGCCCGGCCAGCGAGCAAGGGACAGG